ACGUCAGUAAACUUCCAGCAGCUGUGUAGGCGAGCUGAGGAAGAGGAGAAAGAAGAAGAGGAGGGGAAUGAGAGGUUGGAUGUGGAGCUUUCUGGAUUUUCUUCGGACCUCUGCUGUUGUUCUCUCUAAGAUGCAGCACUAAUGAGAAGCUCUCUACGUUUCAAUGAGUGAAGCACAAGCUGAAGUCGUGAACAUCAGCGGUCCACAGUAACAGUAAGGUGGUGGAUUGGCAGACGGUCAGGAGGGACUUCAGUGACGCACAUUUUCCAUUAUGAACCGCGCUUUCAACAGGAAGAAAGAUAAGUCGUGGAUGCACACCCCAGAAGCUCUGGCCAAGCACUACAUAGCCUACAAUGCCAAGUUCCUUGGAAACACAGAGGUUGAAGCCCCUAAAGGCACAGAGGUUGUGAAGGAUGCAGUGAGGAAACUGAAGUUUCAGAGGCACAUCAAGAAGUCAGAGGGCCAGAAGAUCCCAAAAGUGGAGCUUCAGAUCUCCAUCUAUGGAGUCAAAAUCCUUGAUCCUAAAACAAAAGAUGUGCAGCAUAACUGUCAGUUACACAGGAUAUCCUUCUGUGCAGACGACAAGACGGAUAAAAGGAUAUUCACUUUUAUCUGCAAAGACUCCGAGUCCAACAAGCACCUCUGCUACGUGUUCGACAGUGAAAAAUGUGUACGUGCGGAGGAGAUCACUCUAACCAUCGGGCAGGCCUUCGACUUGGCCUACAAGAAGUUUCUGGAGUCUGGAGGGAAAGACGUGGAGACGAGGAAGCAGAUCGGGGGGCUGCAGAAAAGAAUUCAGGAACUGGAAACAGAAAAUGCUGAGCUGAAGAAACAACUUCAAGAGCUGGAGGAGCAGCUGAUGAUAGCUCAUGUCCCACCAGCUGAGAGCAUCUCCAUGAAACUACAGUCCACAGAUGUUUUUGACAUGGUUCCUUUUUCUCCCGUUACACCGCUGGUACCGACCAAGGCCAGCAAUGGCUGCCCUCCUCCUCCUCCAACCACCCUGCCCCCAGACAUGAGCAAAGAUUUGUUCGGAGCUGAGCCGUUUGAUCCGUUCACCUGUGGGGCGGCCGACUUCCCUCCAGAUAUCCAGUCAAAGUUGGAUGAGAUGCAGGAGGGGUUCAAAAUGGGACUAACCUUAGAGGGAACCGUCUUCUCUCUGGACCCGCUUGACAGCCGCUGCUGAUGCCGAGUAGACGUCCCUUCGAGGCAGAUCUGUAACUCGUUUGUAUGAAAAAGUGCCAAAAUCCACUCCAUGGUCGAGAUGUCACACCUGUCAUCUUGGGGUUUAUAUGCAUUUGCAUUUAGAUUGGUUUUUCGAUAUUUCAACGUAAACUUGGAUCCAUUAUAGUAAAGAGCUAUUUUUGUAUGAACAAAGAAGAGAAACACUUAUAGAACGAGAUGUUUUGAGUACCUUUGCUUGCUCACGCAAGAUGUAAAUAUUCAGAUAUGUCCAAUGGUACACUCUGUGGCAGAGUUUUCAUAUCCGUGUGAAUUCUGUGAUGGUGACACAUUCCUGUUUAUAUGGCGAAUACAAGCUGACAAGCAAAAUAAAUGUACCAUUAACUCCAAUGUUCAGCUUCACUGUAACAUCGGCUAAUUGGUUUACGUCGCCUCAUUCCUUUUGAUAUCGAUUACUACUCCAGACUUAUUUUUUUAACCCACUGACUCGUCAACAUGUUUUGUUUUUAUCAGAAUUUUACACUUUUGUGUUGUUUUUUUCUCCCAGACUCUGUAAUUAUCAUAUUUUCCUUCUCCUGUGUUGUUCCUGUCCAUGCUGAAUUAUUCCAGUUAUUUACUUUUGGUUACUUUGUCGUUAUUAAAGAAACAUCUGA